CAUACUAGUGAUCAAAGUUAUACAGUUAUACCCAUAGCUCGUUUGACAGCAGACAAGAUGAAAUUGCUAACUUUGAAUCGUUACUGCAUUAUUGCACUUGCCACGUUUCUCUGGAUGGAUAAUAUAAGUUGUUUCACGGUCAAUCGUUUGGAGACGAAGUGUUCAGUCAAUAAGAUACCAUGUAAUGAUAACUCAGACUGCGUAUGUGCAAAUGGCGAUCCAUAUAGAUGCGUUUAUAUCGAGAUACGAAAGUACCACAUUUGUUUACCGUAUACCCAAGGGCAUGCACGCGACAGCUCUUUUCCCCACCCAACUGAGUUUCCAGCAUGGACAGAGGAAUCAAAUCCUACCACAAGCGAAUCAUUUCCGAUCACAACCGAACCAAUUGCGAUAACAACCAAACAAACUCAGACCACAACCGUACCAGAAGAACCCGUAACCGAACCCAGCCCUAUAACAACAGAACCAUGGCCAAAUCCGACCACACCCGAGCAAACUGAGACCACAACCUCCGUGCAAGAAGAGACCACAACCGAACCAAUCCCUAUAACAACAGAACCAUGGCGAAAUCCGACCACACCCGAGGAAACUGAGACCACAACCUCCGUGCAAGAAGUGACCACAACUGAAUCAAUCCUGAUAACAACAGAACCAUGGCCAAAUCCGAGCACACCCGAGCAAACUGAGACCACAACCGUGCAAGAAGAGACCACAACUGAAUCAAUCCCUAUAAAAACAGAACCAUGGCGAAAUCCGAGCACACCCGAGCAAACUGAGACCACAACUAUGCAAGAAGAGACCACAACUGAAUCAAUCCUGAUAACAACAGAACCAUGGCCAAAUCCGACCACACCCGAGCAAACUGAGACCACAGAUGUGCAAGAAGAGACCACAACUGAAUCAAUUCUGAUAACAACAGAACCAUGGCCAAAUCCGACCACACCCGAGCAAACUGAGACCACAGAUGUGCAAGAAGAGACCACAACUGAAUCAAUUCUGAUAACAACAGAACCAUGGCCAAAUCCGACCACACCCGAGCAAACUGAGACCACAACCUCCGUGCAAGAAGAGACCACAACUGAAUCAAUUCUGAUAACAACAGAACCAUGGCCAAAUCCGACCACACCCGAGCAAACUGAGACCACAACCUCCGUGCAAGAAGAGACCACAACUGAACCAAUUCUGAUAACAACAGAACCAUGGCGAAAUCCGACCACACCCGAGCAAACUGAGACCACAGCCGUGCAAGAAGAGAUAACAACUGAACCAAUUCUGAUAACAGCAGAUCUAUGGGCAACUACACGGCCAUGGCGAAAUCCGACCACACCCGAGCAAACUGAGACCACAGCCGUGCAAGAAGAGACCACAACUGAACCAAUUCUGAUAACAACAGAACCAUGGCCAAAUCCGACCACACCCGAGGAAACUGAGACCAUAUCCUCCGUGCAAGAAGAGACCACAACUGAACCAAUUCUGAUAACAACAGAACCAUGGCGAAAUCCGACCACACCUGAGCAAACUGAGACCACAACUGCGCAAGAAGAAACCACAAGUGAAUCAAUUCUGACAACAGAAAAUCUAUGGGGAACCACGCGGCCAUGGCGAAAUCCGACCACACCCGAGCAAACUGAGCCAACAACGAACGAAUUUUUGUUGCCGGAAACUUCAGAGUUUCGUGUGACCACAGACGAACCAAUAUUAGCAAUUUCUACUUCGUCCCCGACUACGGAAUCUCGACACAGACCUUGGAGCUGGACCAAACCUGGAGAAUGGUUUUUUAAAAACUGGGGAAAGAUAACAAAUAGAAAAAAUGCCAAAAACAGAAAAAAUAAAAAAUUUGGCAAAAGCAGCGCAAGAAAGCCGGUGUGGUAAAAACUCCUCCAUUCAAAAUUUGCUCAACCAUCAGAUGUUACUAAAUAUCUUUCAUUCUUAUAUAUACUGAUAUUUUUUUUUCAUUCUUAUAUUACAAAGGUUAAAACAGCAUAACUCUUAUUCCAGUUUAAACAUCAAUGCAUGCAAUUUUUCACAUAUGUGAUGUCGGGUUCACUGUCAAAGUAUAAAAUGUAUUUAAUUAGUUUCUUUCAUAUAUACGAUGUAUCAAUGACCUGAAAGCAAUA